CCCCAUCGGCACCGUUUGUACCUUCAUGUGCUUCAGCGGCUCCCCUCAAAGCCGCUGAGCGAUGACAGUUUACGUUCCUCCGUCUUCCAACCCUCAGGGAGCGGCGUUGCUGGCUAUAUUUUGGAGUAUUCACGCCGCCUGCACCAUCUUCGUAGGCCUUCGCUUGUACUGCAAGGUCAUUCGUGGCCGCUGCCUUUGGUGGGAUGAUCACUUGUUAAUAGUAGCUUGGGCCCUACUCUUCGUAAACACCGUUUUCACCUCUACCUCCGUCUUGAUAGGAUACGGGCUACACACUGAUGCUGUACCCGCGGAAAACGAGAAGUACCUGUCUAUUAUCGGCGGUAUCAAUGGCACCACAUCGGUUCUCCACGUACUGUUCAGCAAAGUAUCCUUUGCCGUGACGCUUCUUCGAAUCACGGAUGGCUGGCUGAAGCGACUCGUCUGGUUCAUCAUCAUCACUUUGACGCUAUGCCAAGUCAGCACCGCCCUUUUGUUUUGGCUUCUGUGCGAGCCCCCCGAGGCGACAUGGAACUCUAGUAUCAUGAAUAAGAAAUGCUGGUCCCCCGACGGCCUCCUCGCCUACUCGAUUGCUCUUGGAAUUUACUCAGCAGUGUGUGACUUCGUGCUUGCGCUUCUACCGUGGCGAAUUCUUAUGCGAUUCCAUAUGUACCGCGGCGAAAAGGUUGGCGUGGCUAUAGCCAUGAGCAUGGGGGUUUUUGCCGGAAUCGCGGGUGCCAUCAAGGUGUCGACAAUCGGCCGCAUAGUGAGUAAUGACUUCAGCUACGAGGGAUUCCUUCUGGUUGUUUGUGCCCUUGUCGAGGGGGCUUGCGCCAUGAUGGCUGCCUCAAUACCCACUCUGAGGGCUCUGUUCCUUCACACCUUUGACCCUCCAUCGCAGCCGAGCAUCGAUGUAGCCGUCGAAAGUAGUAGAUCCGCGGGGGCAUCAGCACGUCGAGCCCGAUCCGACUGGGACGAAAGAAAGUACAGGAACAGAAGCGACCAGAGCAUCCUGGCGAUACCGCCGACAAGCAGCAGCACUAUGGACAGGUCGGUCGAAACAGAUAUCGAACGAGAUCUCUCAAGACCGCUAAACAACCAGUUUGAAAUGAAAGACUGGAAGUCAGCAAAGAGUUGAAGGUAUACGACAUAGUACGGAAAGAAGAAGGAACAACACAAUGAGAGGGGUCGAUAUCCAAUACGGAAGAUAUCAGUAUUUCCUCGAAAGGAUGUACGGGUCGUCAAUUCGACGAUAGCAUCAUCUCAGUAGAGAGUCAGAGGACGGCGCGAGCAGCCCCUACUACGAAAACAGCCCCAUCAUGUUGGACGAGACGCACCACAACUUCUUACCACCUUUUCAGGGGCAUGAUUGUCGACAAUCACCACUCCCAAGAUCGGUGAUUAGGUGCUUCGAAGAUGGCCUUUGAUGCAGAGGGAGAUAUAGCUUCAGCAACAUGCUUCACACUGUGGUGUGUCUGAAAGAGACGGUCCUGCGUUCGCAGGCUUUGUGAUGCUGUACGGAUACGGUACCAGUACCCGGAGACCCUCGACAGAGAGUCGAAUUUGUACCGUUUCUUGGCAACGCUCCAGCAACUCGAAGGACACUCAAACCCACCUGAGCUCUUCCAAAUGAUAUGGAGGUAGAUUCGAGGAAGUCCGCGGUCGGCAGAAACACUUGGUAACCAUGCCUCGUAUAUCAGCCGGACGUCUUAUAGAAUUCGUCGGGAGACGAGGUCUAGGGGAACAACAACAACAAAAAAAA